AUGCUGAAACUGUAUAAUAAAGACAUUUUAUCAAACACUUUCGAGUAUCCAUCUGAUAAGACCCCGCUCCCUCCUUACAUGCUUUCCGUGGUCAGCAUGCUGGACAGCAGUAAUCAGCCUCACUGGAGCAAUGAGCUUGUAGAGGAACAACUGCAGCAGAAAGUCUCUCAGUUGCAAGAUCAGCUGGAUGCUGAGCGGGAGGAGAAGAGAAAAGUCUCACUUCAGCUGUCCAGGGAGAAAGAUCAAAACAAGGAUCUGAAGCUUGAAGUCACCAACCUGCUUCAGAAACAUAAACAGGAAGUAGAGAUCCUCCAAAACAAAGACACGAUUUCCCAAUCUCCUGACAGUCCCUCUGAACCAGCCACACACUCAGCUCUAUUCCAAGAGGCCACUCCAAUAGAGCUCUGUGAACCAAAAAACCAAGAAGAAAAGAAACUGUCCCAGAUGUUAAGUGAGUUGCAAGUAUCGCAUGCAGAGAUCACAUUGGAACUAGAAAAGACCAGAGAAAUGCUUAUUCUGCAGCACAAGAUCAACGUGUGUUAUCAGGAAGAACUGGAGGCAAUGAUGACAAAAGCUGAUAAUGAAAACAAAGAUCACAGAGAAAAACUGGAGAGGUUGAAUCAACUCCUAGACCUCAAGAACAAACGUAUCAAGCAGCUGGAAGGUAUUUUAAGAAGUCAUGGCCUCCCACUAUCCGAACAGCUCAAAGAUGUGGCUUAUGGUACCCGACAGAUGUCACUGUGUCUGGAAACACUGCCAGCCCACAAAGAUGAGGAUAAUGUGGACAUUCCUCUGCGGCAUCAGAGUGAGAAUCUUUUUGAGCUGCACAUCCACCAGGCCUUCCUGACAUCUGCUGCUCUGGCUCAGGCUGAAGACCCUCAACUUACUACUUUCUGCACCUAUUCCUUCUAUGAUUUUGAAACCCACUGUACCCCGCUAGCUGUGGGGCCACAGCCGCUCUAUGACUUCACCUCCCAGUAUGUGGUAGAGACAGAUUCCUUUUUCUUGCACUACCUUCAAGGGGCUUCAGCCCGGCUUGAUCUUUACCAGGCGCUAGCCAGUGAGCACCACACCCUUGCAGCUGGAUGGAUUUGCUUUGACAGGGUGCUGGAGACUGUGGAGAGAGUCCAUGGCUCUGCCACACUUACUGGAGCUGGUGGAGAAGACUUCGGGGUGCUAGAAUACUGGAUGAGGCUGCACUUCCCCAUAAGAUCCAGCCUACAGGCAUGCAAUAAGCGAAAGAAAGCCCAGGCCUACCUGUCAGCCAAUGUGCUUGGAGCCUGGAGGGCCCAGGAGGAUGAGUCCAGAUUGGAGACCUGGAAGCAUCAGAAUGAGCUGCGGGUGGAAAUCACCAGAUGCUGUGGCCUCCAGAGUCCAAGACUGGGAAGCCAACCCAGUCCCUACGCCAUGUACCGCUUUUUCACUUUCUCUGACCACGACACUGCCAUCAUUCCAGCCAGUAACAAUCCCUACUUUAGAGACCAGGCCCGAUUCCCAGUGCUUUCAAGCUCUGACCUGGAUCAAUAUCUGAGGCGAGAGGCCCUGUUUAUUUACGUUUUUGAUGAAGAAGACCCAGAGCCUGGCUCCUACCUUGGCAAAGUUCAAGUGCCCUUGCUGCCUCUUGCACAAAACAAAUCCAUUAAAGGUGAUUUUAACCUCACCGACCCUGCAGGGAAACCCAAUGGGUCUAUUCAGGUACAACUGGAUUGGAAGUCUUGCUACCGACCUCCAGAGAGCGUCCUGAAACCAGAAGCUCAGACUGAGGAGAACAGCGCCAACCACAGUUUAGAGACCUCGUCUGAUGAGGAAAAGGCUCCCUUUCCUCCCCAGGACCAGCGGGUAUCUGCUGAGAUUCCCAUUGAAGCUGACCAGUAUCCAGCUAAGAGAAAACUUCCUCAUGUGGGAGAAAGGAAGGAAAGGGAACACCAGGUUGCAAGUUACUCAAGAAGAAAGCAUGGCAGAAGAACAGGCGUCCAAGGAAAGAACAGGAUGGAGUAUCUCAGUCGUAACAUCUUAAAUGGAAAUACACUACAGCAGGUGAACUACACUGAAUGGAAGUUCUCGGGGAUUAAGAUCCCCGCAGAUGAUGAUUUAGCAAAUCGGCAAAAGGAAGAGGAAAUGACAUCAUCGGUUUCAGCACUGAUACAAAAUGAAGCCCUACAUCCUGUAAAUGAUAAAGAAUCCUGUGAACAGGCUUCUGAAGCCAGUGAAGCACAAACUACAGACAGUGACGACAUAGUGACACCAGCAUCUCAGAAAUGUCCUAAGGCAAGUUCAGAGAAGAUGUGCAUUGAAAUUGUCAGCCUGGCCUUCUACUCAGAAGCUGAAGUGAUGUCUGAUGAGAAUGUAAGACAGGUGUAUGUGGAGUACAAGUUCUACGAUCUACCUUUGUCAGAGACAGAGACUCCAGUAUCUCUGAGGAAACCGAGGGAAGGAGAAGAGAUCUACUUCCACUUUUGCAAGGUGAUAGACCUGGACCCAGUGGAGCAAAAAGGCCGAAGACAAUUUCUCUUCUCCAUGCUGAACAGACAAGGUCCUGAGCAAGGAUGUUUAAAGUUUACAGUGGUGAGUGAUCCUAUGGAUGAUGAACAGAAAGAAUGUCAAGAAGUAGGAUACGCGUAUCUGGAACUGUGGCAGAUCAUGGAAUCAGGAGGAGACAUUCUAGAGCAAGAGCUAGACAUUGUUAGCCCCGCAGACCAGGCUACUCCAAUAGGAAGUCUGAAGGUGUCCCUUCAAGCUGCUGCUGCAUUCCAUGCUAUUUACCAGGAGAUGACUGCAGAUUUGAUUUCAUGA